AUGUCGUUUGAUGGGCCAAGUGUCUAUUCGGCACAUGUUUUGCCAGGACAAGAACCUGAUGACAACUCUUUCAACGAGAUUACAAAAGCGUUUCGUUCAUUCAUUUUAGAGUUUAGAUUGGACUCGCAGUUCAUAUAUAGAGAUCAAUUGCGAGAGAAUUUAUUAAUUGACAAUUACUUUCUCAAAGUCGAUAGCGAACACCUUAUUAAUUUCAAUGAGGAGUUGAAUAAAAAAUUGACCGAUGAUCCGGUAGAGAUGAUUCCCCUUUUUGAAAGCGCUAUAGCCGAUAUUGCAAAAAGAAUUGCAUACUUGUCCAAAGACGAAAUACCAGCCAAUUUCCAAACUUGCCAAUUGAUUCUAUAUUCACAAGCAAACAAAGUUUCAAUUAGAGAUUUGGACUCGAAACAUAUCGCGAAAAUCGUUAGGAUCAAGGGUGUUGUUAUAUCCGCGUCUAUGCUAUCGUCAAGAGCCACUCAAGUUCAAUUGAUUUGUCGUCAAUGUAAACACACAAUGCAGUUGAAAAUCAGGUCAGGGUUUGGGCAAAUCCAAUUACCAAAUUGCCAAAGUCCACAUAAUAUCGAUUCAAACUCAGCUCAAGAAAAAUGCCCUCCCGACUCUUAUGUUAUCGACCAUGACAAAUCCACAUUUGUUGAUCAACAAGUAUUGAAACUACAAGAGAGUCCUGAUAUGGUCCCUGUUGGUGAAAUGCCCAGGCAUAUUUUGUUGCAAACUGAUAGAUACUUGACAAAUCAAGCGGUGCCAGGAACAAGAAUUACAAUCGUUGGUAUAUACUCCAUUUUUCAAUCGAAGCAGAAAACCAGCAACUCGGGUAAUGGUGGUGGUGGCGCAAGUGGUAUUGCAAUUCGUAACCCGUAUUUAAAAGUACUCGGUAUUCAAACCGAUAUUGAUAAUGGUGCUAACGGACAUGGAAUUACUUUUAGCGAAGAAGAGGAAGAGGAAUUUUUGAAAUUGUCGAGAAUGCCCAACUUGUACGAAGUGUUUUCAAAUUCAAUUGCACCUUCAAUUUACGGAAAUAGGGAUAUCAAAAAGGCAAUCACUUGUUUGCUAAUGGGUGGAUCAAAGAAAAUCUUGCCAGAUGGUAUGCGUUUGAGAGGUGAUAUCAAUGUACUUUUAUUGGGUGAUCCAGGUACGGCCAAGUCUCAGUUACUAAAGUUUGUUGAGAAAAUUGCUCCGAUUUCAGUUUAUACCUCAGGUAAAGGUUCCUCUGCUGCGGGAUUAACUGCUUCUGUCCAAAGGGAUCCACAGACUAGAGAUUUUUAUUUAGAAGGAGGUGCUAUGGUCUUGGCAGAUGGUGGUGUUGUUUGUAUUGAUGAGUUUGAUAAAAUGAGGGAAGAAGAUAGAGUGGCAAUCCACGAAGCUAUGGAACAGCAAACGAUUUCAAUUGCCAAAGCCGGUAUUACAACCAUGUUGAAUUCGAGAACAUCAGUAUUGGCAGCAGCAAAUCCUGUAUUUGGAAGGUAUGAUGAGUUCAAAAGUCCCGGAGAGAAUAUCGAUUUCCAAAGUACAAUCUUGUCUAGAUUUGAUAUGAUUUUCAUCGUGAAAGAUAACAGUAACGAGAGCAGGGAUAUUUCAAUAGCACAGCAUGUUAUGAAUGUACACGCUGGUGGUAAGACCCAGGAACUACAGCAAGAAGGUGAAAUACCAAUUGAAACAAUGAAAAGAUAUAUACAAUAUGUCAAGCUUCGAUGCGCACCACGUUUAAGUCCAGAAGCAUCUGAAAGAUUAUCGUCACACUUUGUUUCCAUUAGAAGAAGACUACAGAUUAAUGAAAAUGAAAUGAAUGAGAGAUCUUCAAUACCCAUUACUGUACGUCAACUAGAAGCUAUUAUUCGUAUAACUGAAUCCCUAGCCAAAUUGAGGUUAAGUCCAAUUGCAACUGAGGAGCAUGUCGAAGAGGCAAUCAGAUUAUUCACCGCCUCGACUAUGGACGCUGUUGACCAGGGAGUAGGGAACAGUACAAACGUGCUGCUCAAUGCCGAGAUCAAGAAAGUUGAACAAGAGUUAAGGAGAAGGUUACCCAUUGGCUGGUCAACUGCAUACAGGACAUUGCAAAGGGAAUUCGUUGACUCAGGACGGGCCAGUCGUUCAGCAUUGGAAAAGGCUUUGUAUAUUUUGGAAAGGCACAAUGUCAUCAAAUUUAGACACCAAGGUCAAAAUAUUCUACGUGUGGGAGUAUAA